AUGAACAAAAUUCUUUUUACUUUAAUUGGAGCUCUUGUUGCUGCGAACUUUGUCUUUGUCACGGGAAAUCCACUGAGAGAUGCCGAAAAUUCAGUUGAUGAUGAAUUGCUGGAUGAUAUGAGAUUAACUGAUGAACAACGAACCUUCAUGUUUGGUUCGGAAGGCAAAAAUUCCAAAACAGGAACAACUUGGACACCUUGGCACUGGAUAAAAAACGAAAGAGGUGAAGUUGUCAUUCCCUACAAUAUCGACCCAUCGCAAGGAUUUGAAAAACAUCACAUCGAUUUUAUGCUUCAACAGUUCACAGCCAUUUCAAACUCAACUUGUGUGCGAUUCGUAGAACGAACAGAUGAAGAAGAUUUCGUUGACAUAAUUAAUGGUAGUGGUUGUUGGUCGUGGGUGGGUCGAAUGAGAGGAAGACAAGAAUUAUCAAUGAAGAUCAAUGGAUGCUUCUACGGUGGAACUGCAAUGCACGAAAUGAUUCACGCAAUUGGUUUUGGUCAUAUGCAUCUAAACUACAAUCGUGAUGAUUACAUAACAAUCAAUUUUGAAAAUGCGAAGGAAGAUUAUAAAUUCGAGAAAGUAGAUCCUCGGUACUAUAGUAACUUUGACACUCCUUAUGAUUAUUUGUCGGUAAUGCAUUACCGUAAAACGGCAUUUUCAAAGAACGGGAAAGACGUCAUCGUACCGCAUGAUAAAAAUUAUCUUGACAUCAUAGGUAAUGUGAGGAUGUUGUCAGCAGGUGACGCUUUAAGAAUUAACAGAAUGUAUGAAUGCUCUAUUGUUAAGGAAAUCCCGGAAGAGACUACAACAGUCACUCAAGAUACUUCCACUGUGUCUGAAGAAACUACGACAGUGUCUGAAUAGACAUCAAAUAAAGUUCGCUUUAUCAAUUUGUCAACUUUGUUUUAAACAAAACUUGUAAUGAUUCAAUAAAUUUACAAGCUUAAAUGCAUAA